UGAUUAUGAUUGCAUUUCCGGAAGAUAGUUGUAGCGUUCCUCAAAGAAACAAAAUGGAUUCCUGAAACUACACUUAGCCGAACAGCCGAGCGUUUUUUAAAGGUUACAGCACGAACAACUUGGCCGUGCGCGCCUAUAUUUACUCCCAUCGUCGAACAGCAUCUAGAUCUUGCUGGAGACUGGAUAAUAGCCUUCAACCUCUUUCCCUUCUGAGCCAAUGGAAGGGUCUGACAGUUCAGAGCAGAGCGGCAGUGACCAGCCCGAGUCACAGCGCAGGCGGCAACUGGAUCGUCUGGACAGAGAGGAAGCCUUCUACCAGUUUGUCAACAAUCUAAGCGAUGAGGACUAUCGUCUCAUGAGAGACAACAAUCUUUUAGGAACUCCAGGAGAAGCAACAGAGGAUGAACUGUUUAGUAGACUUCAUCAUAUUAAAAAUGGUCCAGAGCAGCAGAAUAACACCCCCAGGACUGAAAAUGGAGAAGAACCAGGAGAGCAACCCGAAACCUCAGAGGAUCCAGCUAAUGGAGAUAGUCUCCUUGAAUGGCUAAAUACAGUGAGGCGCACAGGAAACACAACUAGAACUGGUCAUCGUGGAAACCAGUCAUGGCGGGCAGUUAGUCAGACCAACCCAAACAGUGGAGACUUUCGCUUUAGCCUGGAAAUCAGCGUUAACCGCAACCUAGCAGAGCAACAGGCAGCUGCAGAAGGAGAGCAGCAAACUGCUCCGUCUCAAGCAGCGGAGGAAAAUACUGAACCGCAAGUUCUCAUGGAGACGGGGGUGGUAGAAGAACCAGUUGUUGAGGAGAUGGCUGUCAUAGUAGAACCAGAGCCUGAACGGGAAGAGGUUGUUUCAGAAGAGACACUUGGAGAAGCUCCCAGCUCACCAGUUGUUGUGCAAGUUCCACCCACCCUUUCCUCUUCUCCACGUAGAGGGCACAGGAGGGCCCGUAGCCGUAGUUCUGAGCCAUGCAGAACCCGGGCUCGUACAGCCAGGAGCCGCUCCCCUCUCCGUUUAGAUCAGUUGGAGGAGCUCCCAAAUCCUCGUUUUGCCCAAAUGUCUCAAGGCCCCAGCACAGACACCAGCGUUCCACCUGCGCCUCAUGUUGAGGGUAGUUCUCGGACUCGACAACAUGUUCUUUCUAGACAAAGUGCACCUGAGAUUGACACUCAGCAGCCCAGUGUUGAAACGGAGCCAAGCCCUGAGACCCCAAACGUCACGUCUCCUGAAGUAGAAACCGGAGUAGAAGGUGGCGCAGCUGGACGGCGGCCUCCGACUAUCAUGCUUGAUCUUCAGGUACGUCGCGUUCGUCCAGGCGAAUAUCGCCAAAGAGACAGCAUUGCCAGUCGUACCCGUUCACGUUCACACAACUCAAACAACACGUUUCUUUAUGAAAGCGAGCGUGGUGGAUUUCGUAGGACUUUCUCACGCUCGGAGCGUGCUGGCGUGCGGACGUAUGUCAGUACAAUUCGUAUCCCUAUCCGCAGAAUUUCGGAUGCAGGUUUGGGAGAGGCGACUUCAAUGGCUCUCCAGUCUAUGAUUAGACAGAUCAUGACAGGCUUUGGUGAGCUUGGCUACCUCAUGGAUUCAGACUCAGAUUCUACCGAUUCGAACCGUGGAGCAAAUGCGUCUGCAGAUGUAUCUGAAACCCCCAAUAACCCAGAGGGUACCACUUCUCCUGCUCCAGCUCCUACUGUUGAUGAACCACCUGUAGCUGCUGGUGUCAGAGCCAGGACUGUUGAGACAGAUGCGGAUGAGGGCCUUGUCACUGGUCAGCCGGCCUCUGGUGUCAGGGCUCGACCCAGUCCGCCUCUUAGCCUCGAGGAGCCCAGCUCUUUGCCCCUCCUACGACUGGCUCACUUUUUCCUAUUGAAUGAUGAAGAUGAGGACCAGCCCCAAGGGCUGACCAAAGAACAGAUUGACAACCUCGCCAUGCGCAACUUCGGCGAGAAUGAUGCCUUGAAAACUUGCAGUGUCUGUAUAACAGAGUAUGCAGAAGGAAACAAGCUCCGUAAGCUUCCCUGCUCCCAUGAGUAUCAUGUGCACUGCAUUGAUCGUUGGCUAUCAGAAAACUCCACUUGUCCCAUCUGUCGCAGGGCUGUCCUGGUGUCUACCAAUAGAGAGAGUGUUGUGUAAUUAAACAUGCCUUAUUGUUCCCACUUUAAUUAUAUAAUAACCCAUGUUCAUUAACCAUGUAAAGUAGAAGGAUAUCUGUUGAAAUGUAUUCCUUUCAUACUGUUUGGUUUUAUUGUGACUAUUGAUUUGGGCUGGUCCAUGCUGUGCGACUGGCGGAGGUUAGGGUUGCUGUGGUUUCAUGAUAUAUCAAAUUAUGAACAUUGGUUAUCAUGUGUACAUUUUCUUAUCAGUGGAGAAUAUUCCCUGCACAAGGCCAUCUCCUCUGGUAAUCUUUAUUUUCAAGUUCUUAAUGUAUACGUGCAUAUUCAAAAAAGGCCCUUGGUUGCUGUUAAAAUGUUUUUCUCAGCCAAAACAUUUUUUUUCAUUGCAAAAGAUCAUUGUACAACUAAUAUGAAUUGAGUUAUACCUUUUGAGACAGUUAUUGUGCUUAGAAAAUGGCAUACCACUUCAAACUUGUGUACAUUUGUAGACAUUUAUUAUUACUAGUUUACAACUUUCCAAAGUUAUUCACACAUACCAUGCAUGCUGUUUGAAUCAACAUUUAGUGACCAUACUGACUUAUGCACUGGGUCAAGUUGUAAAAGAAAGCCAAUAUAUAAAAAGAUAAAUAUCUGAUAAUAAAAGCUGUGCAUCUGCAGGCAGUUUGGGCAGCUCAAAUCUGCACCAUUCUUUUUUUAUUGGCUCCUGAAUGAAGCCUUAUAUACUAUAAGGUGUGUAUUGGUACAGUUGCGUUACAAUAGGUCAAAGUAUUAGCUGUAAAUAAGCUUGUAUAAAUAAUUUUGAAUCAUGCUUUGUAUCAGCGGUUUUAUUUUUUUUAUUUUAAAAAUUGGGGGCGAAUUUUGCAAUGUUGUCUACCAGCGCAACCCAUAUAAACAGCUGGUAUCAGUGUGUGUGCGUCAAUUGGGACAGCCAACUGAGUACAGUGUCAGUUUGCCAUUUCAUGUGACAUGUAUACAGCCAUAUUUGUUCACUAUGGCAUGAUAUAGCUGUGUAAUAAAAUUGUUUUAUAAAGUAGGUUAUUCAGGAAAAAGCAAGUCACCUUUGGAUAAAUAUACCUUUGGCUGUUAAAAGAAAUCUAAUUACAUUGAUGUUACGAACUAGGUAUGUCUCAGUUUUUGGUAGUAUGUUGGGUUGAUAUAGUGUUGUAGGCAUGGUAAUUACCCCCUGCACCCCUCUUAAAGCUCUUUUUUUUUACUACUAUUAGAGUAACAUGGCCAAAAUAUUUUCUUUCAUCACACGUAAAUGAUAAUUAUAUUUUUGUGUACAAAAUUUAAACAAUCCUUUUUUCCCGUUUGAUUUAUUGCUAGUCGACUUAAUUUCCACAUUUAGACGUCCUACCUCCCAAGCCACACUUCAUACAUCUUAAAUCUUCCAAGUCCGACCCCUCCACGUUUAUAGGUGUGGCCCAAGGCUCGGUCUUGGUUCCCACAACUCAUUCCUUUCACCACCAGCCCACUUGGCAAUAUUUUGCGCAAAUUCAACAUCUAUUUCCACUGCUACACUGAUGACACUAGAGGUGGGGGAAAUAAUCGAUUUUUAGAUGCAUCACAAUUAAAACAUGGACGAUUAUAAAAUUGAUUAGUAAAUGUCAAUUGAUGUUUUUAUUGUAAAUAAAGUUAAUCAAACAGUUCUAAAAUGUGUCUGACUGUAGUGAGCCACCUCACUGAGAGAUCUGACCAGCUCCUUUAUUUUUGGGCACUUAUGUUACAGUUUUGCACACAUUUUCAUUAAUUUAAUAAGUGUUGGAAUAAAUGUAACUGUUUGUUAUUGCAAAUGCACUGUUUUUAAAAGUUGCAAGAGAUAAAUGUGUAUUAAGUGAAGCGAAAAAUGUAAAACCAUUAAUAUAUAUAAAUUGAAGAUGCAUCAAUAAUUGAUUUUUAAUCAAAUCGUGAGGUGCCCACAGAUUCCCACCUCUAGAUGACCAUCAAGCCAAAUUCUGUAAUCCCAGUCACCUCUGGUUUAGCUCAAAUAAGAUGAAAUGGUGAUAAAACUCAACUGCUUAUUGGUACAAAAUCAUCACAACCCUAAGUUGAUAGCUUCACUCUAUUGACAGCUUUUAGUCUUUCCCGCCUCUCUGGUUAAGGGUCUAGGUGUCAUCUUUGAUAGCAAACUGUCAUUCCAAUUCCCCUCUCUGCCUGCUUCCAUUUUUGCAACAUUAAAUCGGCACUGUCCACACUGCCUCCAUCUUAGUUCAGUCUGCAACUCACUCUUUGGUCUGCCCCAAAAGUCCCUCCACAAGCUCCUUAACUGCCCGGUUCAUAACAGAAACUUCAUUGGCUCUCUGUUAGGCAGUUCAUUGACCACAAAACCCAUUAUGCCUUUAAAUCUAUUUACAUAAUCACCCCUCCUUCCUUGUCUGACCUACACAUGAGACUUUGCUGUCUCAUCUGCCCACUAAACUGGAACUUUUUACCACCUGACAUUCAAAAUAUUUAACGCUCUUCACGCCUUCAAAUUCAGACUCAAAACCCACAUGUUUUAGAUGACAUACUCAUGAAUGCUACUACACUGUCCAUUUUUUGUCUGUUACGUUAUUUUACCUGUACCUUGUAAAGUGUCCUUGGGCUUUUCGAAAGGCGCUUAUAGAUUAAAUGUAUUUGUUUUGAGUUUAAAUGCUAAAGGAUAACAUUGAGAUUACACUAUUAGGAAAAAUGCCUCCUUAAUAACAGAAAAUUAUGAUUAGUGAAAAAAAUCAUGACUCACCAUUGCACUUUUGUCUUUAUUGUCAAGAUGUUUGACCACCGACUGUCCAUAACAGUGCAAUACAUGCAAAAGUACAUGAACAAUUAUAUAAACGUAAGCUAUUAUGAAAACCAUUGACUAAUAGCUGAAAUCCUAGAUGAAGGCAUUGCAUCUUUAAAUGUGUAUAGAUUAUGUGACUUAUUUUUUACAGCACUGUUAAUUAACAAGAACACAUGUCUACAGGAUGAAGAGGACAUUGUAUUUUCAUCCUGUGGCGUAUUACUUGUCCCUCAUCCAUGGCACGGUUAUUACACUUUGCUUUUUGCAGACCAACAACAAAAAUGAAUGCAAGAUUGUCACUGUUGAAUUAUAUAAACUUCUGUAUAAACUGUUCCUUUUUGGGGCCAUGCUUGGCCUUGUUCUGUGACCCACCCAAUAUGAAUGGGUGUUAAGGGAGACUAACCGCUGAAUUAAACAAGUUGUUAUGCUACUAA